AUGACUUCGCCUCAAUACCUUUCUGCACCUGUUUUGGCAUUUCUGGGGGCCGCUGCAGUGGUAAUUGCAGCAGCAUACCAAGUUUUUAGUAAUUCUCGUAGGGAGCAACCAUGGCCCGGAUUCAAGCUCAUCACAGUGAGGGACAACAGUCCGAAGGCGAGUUAUGCUCUGCAUGGACGGGAAGCACUCGCUAAAGGUCUACAAGAGUGUUCCGGUCCAUUCCAAGUGAUGAGCGGGUCAGGUCCCAUCAUCGUUUUGCCAAACCGCUUUGCUGACGAGAUCCGAAACGAGCCAUGGCUCGAGUUCAGCAAGGGCAUCAAGCAGGACUUCUUCCCGAACUAUCCUGGCUUUGAGCCCUUCAAAGAGGGCCUAGAGCCAGACAGCGUAUCCAUGGAAGCUAUCCGGACAAAGUUGACUUCUCAUCUCGGUCUUGUAACGGACGACCUCGUUGAUGAGACGAUUCAUGACCUGCACAAGAUUUAUGGCGAUAACGAUGAGUGGCGGACAAUUUCCAUCAAGGAUAGCACUCUGGACCUCGUCGCGCGCACGUCAUCAAGGGUCUUCCUUGGCAAAGACCUGUGCCGGAACGAGAGAUGGGUUACCAUCGCCAACAGUUACACUGUCAACUCCUUCACUGGGGCAUUUGCUCUCCGGAAAUGCCCCACCCUCCUACGACCGAUCGCAUACUGGUUCAUUCCGGAGCUCACAAGAUUGCGCAAAACAGUGAAUGAAGCCCGUACACUCAUUGACACAGAAGUUGCAAAGCAAGCCAGACAAGUGGAUGAAGCCCUGCAAGAAGGCAAGAAACCACCGAAAUUUGUGAACACACUUCGUUGGAUGUAUGAAAUUGCGAAAGGCCGUAAAGUGGACUACACGGCAGCGCAGCUCGCUUUCACACUCGUUGCUAUGGGAGCUCAGAGCGCGCUUCACGCGCAGGCAAUUGUGAACGUCUGCGCCCGUCCAAAGCUAUUAGAGCAAUUGCGAAAAGAAAUCAUCGAUGUGAUUGGGGAGUAUGGCUUCCAGAAUGCAGGCUUACACAAGCUCGAGUUGAUGGACAGUUACAUCAAGGAGAUCCAGAGACUGUAUCCAGCGAAUGCCGGCAUGUCUCACCCAGAUCAAUUGGUCGUCUUAUUUGCCCUCUAG